UUCAUUGUCUGCUGUUUGCGCAUGCGCAUACCAAUCGCAUCUUUAGGCAAAAAUAACAGUUUAAUCUUUAACGGCGUUAAUUCCUUCAUUUCCAUGUUGUACUAAUUAGUCUAUUUUAUGAUAAACUGCACUUUCUUUAUAAAUUCUUCGUCCCACUAAGAUAUGAAUCUUUUCAGGCUAGCUUAGCGUGCUAGUUAGCUUAGCUCGCGAGUUAGCUUUGCCUGCUAGCUGCCGACAAAGAGAGACGGAAGUUCUCAACGCCUCGCUAAGCAGAGAUCAAAUACGUCUGGGAUGAACAUCAUCCCCCUGAGCAGCAGGAGUGAACCCUAAGAAAAAAAUGGAGCAAGAGGAGCCACAGCCCCUUCACAUCAAAGAGGAAGAAGAGGAGCCACAGCCCCUCCACAUUAAAGAAGAAGAGGUGGAACACGGCAUCAGCCAUUUCGGAGAGCAGCUUGAAUGGUUCGAGGAGUUCCCAGUGACUGGUGUCCCUGUGAAGAGUGAAGAUGAUGAGGUCAAAGUUGAAAGUGAGGAACAGAGAGAGGCGGAGCCUCCGAGCAGCAGCUCAACUCAACACAUGACAACAGAAGCUGAUGGAGACCACUUUGGAGGAACACAAGCAGACAAGCUCUUAGCUCCACUAUCAGAUAGUGAGGACACAACGUCACACUCUCCUGACACUGAUGAUGAAGACUCUAAAAAUGAUAAGACAUGUCACACUGACAACGCACGCUUUAAAUGCUCUCUCUGCGACAAAACCUUUAAUCACCGUUACAAUCAGAAAAUACACAUGAGGACGCACACAGGAGAGAAACCGUUCAUGUGCGCAUUUUGCAGCAAACGAUUCUCUCAGAAGCAACAUUUGAAAGUACAUACCAGAUUACACACUGGAGAAAAACCUUUUUCAUGUUCCAUCUGCGGCAAAGAUUUUAUCCAGAAUGAAUAUUUGAAAGUACACAUGAGAAACUCUCACUCUGGAGAAACGUUGACAAAAGCCUUCAUCUGCUCGGUUUGUGGUAAAAGUCUAGUAAACAAUCAAAGUUUGCAAAUACACAUGAGGAGAAUACACACCGGUGAAAAGCCGUAUUCCUGUUCCAGCUGCCACAAAAGCUUUUGUGACCAGUCAGCGCUGGCAGUACACACGAGAACACACACUGGAGAGAAAAAAUGCAUUUGUUCAGUCUGUGGUAAAGGUUUAGUAAAUAAUCAGUGUUUAAAAAUACACAUGAGAAGAAUACACACCGGUGAAAAACCUUAUUCCUGUUCGAGCUGCAACAAAAGCUUCUGUGACCGAUCGACACUCGUCGUCCACACGAGGACGCACACCGGGGAAAAACCAUGUGUCUGCUCAGUCUGCGGCAAAAGCUUAGUGGAUAGUAAAUGUAUGAAAGUGCACAUGCGGACGCACACUGGCGAGAAACCGUAUACCUGCUCUGUCUGCGGCAAAUGCUUUUCUGACCGAUCAACGCUGGCGAGACACGUGCGAAGACACACCGGUGAGAAAGUGUUGAGUUGCAGUGUGUGCGGUCAAAGUUUCGCUUAUAAAUACCAGUUGGAGAAACACAAGUGUGUUGGUGAGAACAGCAGCAGCAAAUGAAGCGGCCGGAUUUGAAAUAAUCCGUCAAAAGUUUGUUAGCAUUGACCUUCUAACAACAUCGUCACAUGUAACUUCCUUUAACACAGGAGUCCCCAAAAUCCGGCUCGCCGAAGUCCGAAGUUAACAAAAAAAAAUAUUUUAUUUGAUUUUUCAUUUUUAUUUUUUAAAUCUGUCCUUUCCACUCCAUUUUAUUGUUGUAACCUGUUGUGUCUCCUAGCCGCUCAGUCAAAUCAUAUUGUCGAAAAAUGCAUUUUCCCAUCGAUAAUUUGACAUCAAGUGCGCGCUCUUUCAGUCAAAUAGUGCGCGAGGAAUAUAUAUAUAUAUAGUCUCACCUUAAAACUCAUUUGUAUACUCUAGCCUUUAAAUAGACUCCCUUUUUAGACCAGUUGAUCUGCCGUUUCUUUUCUUUUUCUUCUAUGUCCCACUCUCCCUUGUGGAGGGGGUCCGGUCCGAUCCGGUGGCCAUGUACUGCUCGCCUGUGUAUCGGCUGGGGACAUCUCUGCGAUGCUGAUCCGCCUCCGCUUGGGAUGGUUUCCUGCUGGCUCCGCUGUGAACGGGACUCUCGCUGCUGUGUUGGAUCCGCUUUGGACUGGACUCUCGCGACUGUGUUGGAUCCAUUGUGGAUUGAACUUUCACAGUAUCAUGUUAGACCCGCUCGACAUCCAUUGCUUUCCUCCUCUCCAAGGUUCUCAUAGUCAUCAUUGUCACCGACGUUGGGUGUGAGUUUUCCUUGCCCUUAUGUGGGCCUACCGAGGAUGUCGUAGUGGUUUGUGCAGCCCUUUGAGACACUAGUGAUUUAGGGCUAUAUAAGUAAACAUUGAUUGAUUGAUUGAUUAAUAUAUA